AUGGUAUCGAACAAGAUGCAGUCGUCAUUGGACGAUUUAGUUCAAUAUACACAGCUUUUUAAGCCGGUGCCAACUGUUCUGCAAGGGACUGUGCUGCCUUUUUUGAUAAUAUACCCAAUUGUGUUUUAUUCGUGGAUCGUUGUGUAUGGAUUCGAGGAAAAUGUGGAGGCUGGAUUCGUCAGUGUUGCGGUCGUCGCAGCUAUACAAAUUCUCGUUUGUCUCUGUUGCUACUGGAGCGUACACAUUCAAUGCUUCUUGUCGUGUUCUUCUGUUAAAGAUCCAAUUCAGGCGGAGAUAGUCAAAGUAGUACCUACAUCGAAUAAUGGAUUCUCUGAAAUUGUUAAGCUUCAUCACACCAAGUCAACUACAAAAGGCAGUAUACAUCCAGAUGUGUGGUUUAUAUUUCAAAAAAGCAAGUACAUUUAUGAUUGGGACAAGAAAUCUUUUCAUACCAUUGAGUUCCCAAUCAACAAGACUUAUGAGGAGUACAUGGAAUCUAAGGGUUAUUUGGAUGAUGAAGCCAUUGAUAUUGCUGAAAAAGAGUUUGGAAAGAAUGAAAUGAUUAUGGUUGUCCCCGAGUUCAUGGAACUGUUCAAAGAACGAGCAACAGCUCCAUUUUUUGUGUUCCAAGUAUUUUGCGUCGCAUUGUGGUGCCUAGACAAGUACUGGUACUACUCCAUAUUCACCUUAGUGAUGCUUGUCAUGUUUGAAUGCACCUUAGUACAGCAACAACUAAGAAACAUGGCCGAAAUCCGGAAGAUGGGGAACAAACCUUACAAUAUUAAUGUCUACAGAAACAGAAGAUGGCGUCAAAUAAUGAGCGAUCAGCUCCUACCAGGCGAUGUUGUCUCUCUCAUACGCUCCACUAACGAGAACCUAGUACCUUGUGACAUUGUCCUCCUCAGAGGCUCCUGUAUAGUUGACGAGUCCAUGUUAACUGGUGAAAGUGUCCCCCAAAUGAAGGAAGCUGUGGAUAAUGAAAAGAAUUUGAAACAACUGCUAGAUCCUGAGGGAGAAGGCAAACUGCACAUGCUUUUUGGUGGCACUAAGAUCGUCCAACAUUCGUCGCCUAACAAAAACACUUCGUCCGCACUCAAGGCGCCCGACAAUGGCUGCAUCGGAUAUGUUAUCCGCAACGGUUUUAACACGUCACAAGGCAAACUUCUAAGAACUAUUUUAUUUGGUGUGAAGAGAGUUACAGCAAACAAUCUGGAGACAUUUGGAUUUAUUCUUUUCUUGCUUAUCUUCGCAAUUGCCGCCGCAGCAUAUGUUUGGAUCAAGGGCUGUGAGGAUCCUGAGAGGAACAGAUACAAACUGUUUUUAGAAUGCACAUUGAUUUUGACCUCAGUUGUACCACCAGAACUUCCUAUAGAGUUGUCACUAGCCGUGAACACAUCACUAUUAUCAUUGUCCAAGUUAGCAGUAUUUUGUACAGAACCUUUCAGGAUACCAUUUGCAGGAAAAGUAGAAAUUUGCUGUUUUGAUAAGACUGGUACACUUACGAGUGAUAAUUUAGUUGUAGAAGGUGUGGCCGGUAUUGAGGACCACAAAGAUGCUACAGUCAUUCCAUUAUCUCAAGCACCCAUGGAGACUAUUCAAGUGCUGGCCUCUUGUCAUUCUCUAGUGCAACUGGACGAUGGCGUGGUUGGAGACCCAUUGGAGAAAGCGACUCUGAAAGCUGCAGAGUGGAACCUGACCAAAGGAGAUGCUGUUGUGCCAAAGAAAGGAAAGUCACCUGGCCUGAAGAUAGUUCACAGAAAUCACUUCUCAAGUGCCCUUAAGCGAAUGUCAGUGAUAGCAGGCUACCAAGUCAACGAGCGAGGGUUCAUAGAAACUCAUUACAUAAGCAGCGUGAAGGGUGCGCCAGAAACCGUGAAGACCAUGCUCAAGGAGGUUCCUAGUCACUACGACCACGUCUACCUGACUCUGUCGCGGCGAGGGGCUCGAGUGCUGGCGUUAGGUUAUAGGAAUUUAGGCAAAUUAAGUUCUCAACAAAUUAGGGAAAUGUCCCGCGAAGAUAUAGAAUCUGAUUUGACAUUUGUUGGCUUUGUGAUUAUUUCGUGUCCUUUGAAAAGUGAUUCUAAGAAAGCGAUAUCAGAAAUUGUGAAUGCUUCUCAUUCCGUGGUGAUGAUAACCGGGGAUAAUCCUUUGACAGCAUGUCACGUGGCUAAGGAGUUGAAGUUUACUCAAAAGGAAGAGGUUCUGAUAUUGACUGAGAAUGAGAGUAAGUGGGGCUGGACAUCGAUAGAUGAGGAAGUGAAUCUACCCGUGAAUCCGUUCAAGACGUCUAAACAGUUGACUUCGAAGUUUGAUUUGUGUAUAACGGGAGAAGGUUUGACAUUCCUAAAUGAGAAUCAUCACAAAUUUCUGUUGGAACUGAUGCCGCAUAUCAAGGUGUUCGCUAGAUUCGCGCCAAAACAGAAGGAGUUUGUCGUGGUCACGUUGAAGUCUCUUGGCUACGUGACGCUCAUGUGUGGUGACGGUACAAACGACGUGGGAGCACUGAAACAUGCUGACGUAGGAGUAGCAAUCCUAGCGAAUGCGCCAGAACGGCCGCGUGAGAAGCCACGGGAAGAGCGAGCGCUUGAAGAAGCUCCGCGGCGGAACACGAGCCGGACUGACGCACGCGCAGAGGCGGCCGCGCGCCUGCGCAGAGCCAUGCGCGAGCUCGAAGAGGAAGACAUGCAACUCGUGCGCCUCGGGGACGCCAGUGUCGCUGCACCAUUCACUAGUCGACUUUCUAGCAUAUUUUGCAUUUGUCACAUAAUCAAGCAAGGCCGGUGUACACUGGUGACGACGCUGCAAAUGUUCAAGAUCUUGGCCCUGAACGCUCUCAUCUUGGCGUACAGUCAAUCUGUUCUGUACCUUGAUGGCAUCAAGUUUAGUGACACACAGGCCACACUGCAGAGUCUGUUGCUGGCCUCCUGCUUCUUAUUUAUAUCAAGAUCUAAGCCACUAAAACAACUGUCGAAGCAGCGUCCGCUCCCGAACAUCUUCAACGUGUACACCAUCAUGACGGUACUGACACAGUUUGCGGUACAUUUCCUCUGCCUCAUAUACUUGGUGCACGAAGCCACGUCACGGUCGCCUGGAAGGGAUAACAAACCCAAGUUGGAUAUGGAUUUGUCGGAUGACGAAGAGCGAGAGUUUGCACCGGACCUACUGAACAGUACUGUGUACAUCAUCUCCAUGUCGCUGCAGAUAUCUACGUUCGCUAUCAACUACAGAGGAGAACCAUUCAUGGAAGGUCUACGCGACAACAAGCCCCUGCUGUACAGUAUCAUGAUAUCUGGCGGCGCCGUGCUCGCGCUCGCCGCCGGCAUCUUUCCGGACCUCUCCAACAUGUUCGAGAUUGUAUAUUUCCCACCAGAUUACCGGAUCAUAUUAGUGCAAGUAUUGAUAGCGGACAUGUUGUUCGCGUAUCUAGUGGACCGACUGUGUCUCAUCUUGUUUGGCGAGGGACUCCGCACCAAGGCCACGUAG